AUGACAGUUUCUGGGAAACCUGGCACAAGGACUCCGGCUCCAAGCACCGACAAGACCGUCGACACAGCCAGCCAGACAAACAACCACCUGCCGAUCACGCUGGAACCACCUCAGUUGAUUCUGCGGAGAAUUGUCGCAGACAUUUUCGCGCAGGGCACGGCUGGCUACGCCAGAUACCAGCAGACCCUCCCGGGAGUCGACCGUUACCUCCAAGCAGGCGUGAGGCCGGCCGCGGAGGCAUAUCGAUCCACCGUAGAUAUCCUCACAGACAACACGCCGAGCCACUCGCAGUUCGCUCAGGAUCCUGACGACCCUCACACAAAACUCAGUCUUGAUGAGCUGGAAUUGCAGCCUACCGUGAGAGACACAGGGGCACGGCUUAUUCUCAAGCAUGCCGAGGGCAAUUCUGCUUUUGGGGAGCUGGCGUCGGGGAUGCAGGCCAUGACAAUGAGCCCUAAGUUCAUCACAGCAGAGGCAGGCGGUAGGCCUCUAAUUGAGGUGAUCGGCAUUGCUCAGAGCCCGAGCGAGGUCAGCUUUUCCCUGCACAUUCGCAGCAUUAGUUGCGAUCUCUACUACAUACCAUUAUCUGACAAUAUCGUCCUGCACAACACCGGGGACCUUCCCUUAUCACUUGAGUAUCUCUCUGGGGGGCCAAAUACGCUCACUGGGUGCGAAGUGGCACCUGGGCUAACGAUUGAGGUUACCCCGGCUUCCUGGAGGCUUUCGGACAGAAAAUCUACUGUCGAUUUACAGCUGAGGCAGCGCGAAAUCGCUCUUCGCACAGAAGACAUUGCCCACUCUGCUAAAAGAUCGGCGGAGGAAGUCCAGUCGCAGGCAAAGAAAUACAGAGGCCAAACAUGGCCCUGGACCCUCUCGAGAUCAGGCGAGACUGCUGCCUCUGCGAAAGAUCGUGCUGUCCGCCCCCCGGAUAUGCAGGCAAAAGGCAUUUGGCCCGGUGUAAAUAUCAGGGAACACCAGAAUGUUCACGUCGUGGACAAGGUGACGGGCAGCACCGAAUACUCAUUGGAGCGCCUUGACGGGUGGGCGCACAAGACUCGUUCGAGUCACACGUUCAAAGCUCUUCUUCAUAAUCACAGCUCUGCUCCCCAGGCUGUGGUAGUCAAAAUCAUACUGUCGUCUUCAUCCAGUACCUCAGCCGCCAGGGCGUGGCAGCGCGAAUACCGCGCACAUCGAAAUCUGCAACACCCUUGCAUUGCUGGUCUUCUUGGUUAUGAUUCGCGCAUACUGUCCUUGUAUGUGGAACUCAAGCCAGCCAUGGAUCUCAAAAGCCCGCAUUGGUGCGCACAACAGGGAGAGAGCUCGCCGGGGUUUUUCCGUGGCGAGAUGACCGAUGCUGUGCGUAUACUGAAGGAUAUGUCCAGCGCUCUCGCAUACCUGGACGGGCAAGGCAUUGUGCAUAAUGACAUCAAGCCGGGUAAUAUCCUCUAUACCCCGGCGCCCUGGGAAGCCUCGGGGGCCUUCUCAGCUUCUGGGAACGGAGCCGUGUUAAUUGAUUUCGGUCUCGCCGGGCCAGUCGGCGAGACCAAUUUUCACGUUAUCAUGGGAGGCAUGGUGAAUGGUUCAUUUCUCUGGGACCUGGCUAAAAUCACGAAGGAUUGGCAUAUCGGCUGCACCGAAGAAGAUGUGGCGAUGUUGCAAGCGGCAUGCAAUGGAUACGGAUAUGGCGCAGAGGAUGCAAUCACAAUACAUUGGAAUCUGCGGAACGUGGCUUUGCAGUGGCCGCAUGUCAAGUCGUUGAUCUGUGACAUCGAUGGCGCGGGCGAUGAGGUCGUAGUCUCUGCUGGUCCUGAGAGCAAAUUGUUGACGCCGUCCCUUGAGAUUAUCUCAUCAUCGUCAUCAUGA